CCAGAACGGCCUCCGGGCUAUAUUGACCUCAAACCCUUUCAGAGGUUGCCCAAAGAAGUCUUGCACAAUCACUGCCAGAAGCACAAGAUACCGAAGCCUCAGUACGAACAGCGGAGGGCUUCUAAGGGUUUCUUUAAAACGGAAUGCAUCCUGAUCAAUCACAAGGAUAGUUCCAAAACCAUGCGGUUCCUUACGAACGAGGAAUUCCCUUUCAAAGCCCAUAGUGAGCACUUCAGCGCGUUGCUGGCACUCCACCAUUUAGAGCCAACACGGCCAUACGAGAAGCUCUUUCCCUCCCCUUUUAAGGAGGCAUGGUUAGUCCUCUCUGGGCAGGCGCCUCAACCGCUCCGGCAGCAGCAGCAGGAAGGAGCUGACUCACCUGCAGCAGGGUCAAAGAAAACGAGCGCUAGAUCGAAAGCAACAAAGGCAGCUGCCACUGGACCUACUGCUGCAGAGGAACCAGCUGAUGUUGCUAUCUCAUCUACCUGUGGCAUAGUACCAAUGCCAGUAGCAGCACCCACAGCAGCUGCUACCGGUCCAAAGGCUGUCAAACAAAGACAGUCUGGCGCCGGUGAUGACCCCAGGAUUGCCCCUCCCACAUCUGCUGCUGUCAAUGUUAACUCUCCCUUAUUAUCUGAUAGCCCUUCAAAGGGCGCUUCCGAGGUUCCUGUGGCGGUGCAGAUAAGCAGUGCACACCGCUACGCUUCAGAGUUUGAGCGGCAGCAAGCGGCAGAGGUAAACAGGCUCAAACAAGUAAAGAAGGAGAAAGAGAGAGAAAUUCAACGACUAGAGGAGGAAGCACAGAUGCCAACUGUAUAUAUGGCGGAGGCAGUCAGAAAGAAGGUCUCCAUGGUGCUGAAGGAAGUACUUCCGCAUGUUACUGCCCAGCACCCUGCGGUUGCUGCUGCUGCUUUGGCUGGUAAAAACGCAGAGUCUCUUCUUUUCCCGUUGCAGUGGACAGACAGCAAGUGGAUCUCUAGUGUUUCGUGGGCCCUGCGCAGACAGAUGAACGCCCCGAGGGCCAUGGGGGCCCUCAGGACAAGGUUGCUCAAGGAGCUGACGGGACACCUUCAGUUUGAAAAGGAAAUUUCCUCCGCUGCAGUAGAAGCUGUCCUUGCAGUGUUGGUGGUUUCCCCACAGCAGCGGCAACAACCCCAGGAGCAGGUGGUACAACAGACAGAAACGGUGGCCUUUCUUCAGGUCGUGGAGAGCUGCCAGGACUUUAUUGCCAUCAACACUGCAGACGAGGGCUCCUUGCCGUCUCACUUCUCCCCCGCGGGAAAACAGAUUGAAAUCCGAUGUCAAGGGGCCUCCCCCCAGCAGCGGCAACAGCAGCACCGGGAGGAUGAAAGGGGAGAGAAGGCACUGCAAGCGUCAAAGGAGCGUUUCUUUGGGUCGCUCAAAGCCCUUUGUGAUGGAGCACGUGAAAAGGCCCUACUAGAUACUCUUCUGCAACUUGCAGGGGCCCUGAGCUCUUUAUGUUGUUGCACAGGGCUGUAUGCCAUUGCCGCCAGGACCCUGGAUGCGCAGCAGCAGGAGCAAGGAGAACCCGUGGCAGCAUUCGCCGACGCGUUUGCUGCUGUAGCUGCCGCUGCAGGAGCAGUUGUUGGAACGCCAGAGGUCGCACAGACGCGCGCAUUGGUUCAGCGCCUUGGGGGCUCAGCUCUGACUGCGGAAGCUGACUUCCUGAACCGAACUGAAGCGGUAAUUAUUCUUGAAUCGAGGCCUUUCAAACCUCAACUGGAAGCCUCAGAAAGUCUGCUUCCGGACUCAGUGUCCUUGCGGUUGAGGGUACCCAUACAGGGGGACGCCUCGAAGCAAGAGAUCUCUGAAGAUUGGCUGGGAGCUCCCACGGGCUUCCACUUGCGCGUACCCAUAGACCCCCCUGCUGCAUCGUCUAUAGAGAGCUGCUUGAAGGCCUCAUUGGGUUCUGACUAUCUGCAGGAGGGCUUUCAAGGGAUUUCUGUGCUAAACAUUUUCUCUCCGCCUGGGGCAGCGUAUCCUCUAGAACCACCCAUUGUAUGGAUUUCAUCGGAGGUACCUUGUGGGUCGCCCUCUGAAGAAGUGGUCUCUCUCUCUGAGAUUACCCACCCCCCGUAUGCGGAAAUUGUCGGGGCCAUUAUAUGUGGGACUUUUGGUGCUCACAAUGCACUGCGCCUCUCACGUCCAUUGCAGCAACUGUCGGAGAAAGCAUCUCUUCAAGGCUGCCCGAUUGGGAGCUCUCCGAGACCGCCCUGUCCCUCUAGAAUCUUAAAUGUGUUAUCCUCAUCUAUUUGCGAGACCUCGAUCUCCGAUGUGGCAGCACUGCUGCAGGCACCGUGGCAAUUCGAAGCCCAACUUGAUGAACUGCUCGCUAAAGAACCGGACGGCCCUCGGGGGAUGGUUGCUCGAUGGGUGACAGUAGCAACAGGGGCACCUAUUUUAGCGGCAGGAGAGGCAGCCACAGGACAGGAACUGGCACUUUCUCAGCAAAGUCAGCAGUGCCAAGGGAGUACCUCCCCUCUUUCAUACGCAGGGGAUGAUGGGGUCCCCCCUCUGCCCCCCAAAAGUGUAAGAGACAAGGGUGAGGUCAGAAGGACCUCCAAUCCCCCUAGGGGGCCGCAUACGCAAAGUCAUGCGAUGGAAGGGCUGACAACAGGGGAAAUUCAAGUCUGCAAGACUAUUUUGAAGGGGGCAGAACACCCGGCUUCCCGUGAUGCAAUGAGCCUUCCUGUGCGGCAGCACUUUGAUACAGUUCUGGAGUUCAUGGGGAAUCCUUUUAAGCGAGUUCUUGUAGUACAGGGAGAAACAGGGUCUGGCAAGACGACCCAGUUGCCUCGUAUGCUGUUAGAAGCAGCGGCUCAAAUCGCACUGCAGCAGCUGCAGAGCAACAGCAGCAUUAGUAAGGAUCAGUUUCCUGGUUUUGUCGUGUGUACGCAACCCCGGCGGUUGGCUGCUGUAUCGGUGGCUAGUAGGGCGGCCUCCGAAAUGGGGUCACCUCUGGGGGCCCUCGUAGGAUACCAAGUGCGGUUGGAGUCUCGACUCAGCCAGCAGACGCGUCUCCUCUUUUGCACCCACGGCGUUCUCCUUCGACAAAUCCUGAGCGGCGAUGUGUUGGAGAGGGCCUCGGUGGUGGUGGUGGAUGAGGUGCACGAGCGCUGCACUGAAGUGGAUAUGCUCCUCCUGGUCCUUGCCAAGGCCCUUGCCAACAAGAGCCACAAUCUCAAGGUCGUAGUAAUGAGUGCCUCUCUGGCAGUAGAGCACUUUGUCGCGUACUUCCGUCCAGAGCGGCUUGUCGCACUAAGGGCCCCCUCGGGUUGCAGGAGGUGGCAGGAUCAGCGGCACAUGUGGCAGCAGCAGCAGCAAUUGCUGCGGGAUGAGGGGGAACAUUUGCACAACAGUGUGGCCAUCCUUAGAGUUCCAGGGAGGACUUUUCCAGUGUCUGUAUACUAUCUCAGCGAAGUGCUGGAAAUGUGUGAAAGGCCUUCGCUUCCUUCUGCAUAUCAGGGAGCUUCAGCAGCUGCAGCUGCUUCAGCAGUUGAGGCGAGGUACAGGGGAGGAGCCAAGCCUGCUGCAGCGAAAACUGAAUGGCGAGAUGUACACCAAGAUACAUUUUUUUCAAAUCACAGUUCUCCUGGCAACCAGACAACACCUGUAGCAGCAACAGCAGCUGGGACCCCAGUGGGAUCGCUUCCGCAGCUACCGCAGUUGGUUGCAGCGGUGGUCCGUCACGUACACCUGACAGGAAUACCGUGUGGGAAGUCUGCCUCAGGCGCUCCUCGAGGACACCGCGUAGGAAAACUGAGACAACAGGAGCAACAGCAGGGAGCGGGGACAGCUAUAAUUGUGUUCUGCAGCGGAGUUGGAGAGGUUUCCGCCGUCUGCCGAGCGAUUGAGGAGCUUCAGUUGGACCUCUGGGUGUUGCCAUGCCACGCGUCGCUCCAUCCACGACAGCAGCAAAAGGUAUUUGCUGCACCUCCUGCCGGCUGGAGGAAGGUUGUUGUUGCGACGAACAUCGCCGAAACGUCAAUCACAAUCAGCGAUGUGGGGUAUGUGGUGGAUUGCGGGACGCACAAAAUGCUACGGUACGAUCCAUCGAGACGCAGCAGCAAGCUUCAAGAGGAGCUCAUCACGAAGGCAAAUGCUCAACAAAGGAGUGGAAGGGCGGGUCGUGUAGCUGAAGGCCACUGUUUCAGGCUCUACGAAAAGGGCGAGUUCAAUGACAUGCCCCAGGCUGAAACUCCUGAGUUGCAUCGUCAGGCCCUCCACAACGUCUGUCUCCAACUAAAAGCCAUCUUCCCCGAGGAGCCUCUGCACCAUUUGUUGGGCCAGUGCCUUGACCCGCCAGCCCAAGACCAUGUAGACGCCUCCAUCAGGCACCUGGUUCACUUGGGUGCUCUGGAAUGUAAUGGAGGCCUUGUGGGAGAGUCACUCACGCCUCUGGGGCUCUUCCUCUCGCGCUUUCCCAUGAGCAUAUCCUACGCAAAAAUGCUCAUCUUUGCUGCACCCCUCGGCUGUCUUGAGGAAACACUCGCACUCUGCGCCCUCAUGGCUGCAGACUCGGAUCUGUAUAUUCCUGGGGCAGAGGCGGCUGCUGAGAGACAAAAGCAUUUUGCGCGAAGCCAGUCCGAUUUUGUAAGCAACCUGCGGGUUUUUGCUGCAUGGAAGGCUGCGGUGGCGUGUGGUCGGGGAGCAGAAGAUGAAUUCUGCAUGCGCUUUGGAGUAAACAGCAGCACAUGCAGAGCUGCGGAGGCCUUACGGAAGAGAUUUAGGAGAGUAGCCAGAGAUGCAGGGCUGAUGGCGAUGAUGGGCAGAGAGCCAGAACGACAGAUAUUGAGCAGUAGUACAGGCAUGAGACAGGGGGCUCCCUCCACAUCAGCAAUCAGCCUGAACUACAGCAGCAACAACAACAGCGUCGAGGGCUGUGAUAGUGAUACUGGAGACGAUGAAGUGGCCCUGCAUGUUGAGGAGACAUCUUCGCCUGUGUCCGUUAGCGAUAUAGGAUCCACAGAAGGCACAUUGGGGGUAGUCUCGAGCCAAAGUCCAAAAGGGAGGGCCAGAGACAGUGUCAGAAGCAUAUAUUGGUACAUUAAGGCGUGUGUUGUCGCUGGGUUGUAUCCACAAGUAGCAACCAUCCAGGCGCCCCGGAUCUACACGGCAGUGGGGUCGGGUACUUUGGAGAAGGCCCCUGAAGCGUGGCAAAUGAAGUUCUUUACAAGAGUCGAUGCAGACCCCAUCUCCUCACAAGAAGAUAAGCGUAAUUCCAAACAGAAGCUUCAGCGGGUGUUUAUACACCCGACAUCGAUAAACUUUAAGACCUGCGAGUAUGACACUCAGUGGGUGGCCUUCGGUGAAAAGCUACAAACCACAAAGCUCUUCAUCAAGGACGUUUCCACCGUCUCGGUCUUCGCCCUCCUCCUCCUCUCCUGCUGCGAGCUGGUUCCAGCUCAAGGAGAGGGUGCCCUUUGGCUGGAUGGAUGGCUGCAGCUGCGAUGCCCCGGCCUUAUCAGCAGCUACGUCAAGCACCUAAAAGGGCUCUUUCACACCUUUCUUAAUGAAUUUUAUUGCCUUUCUGCCGUAGCCCUCAUCCGCAGGGGAUCAUUCGACACCCAGGGAGCUCCCUUGCCACAGGCACGGAACCUUGACUACGAUCAACUGGCACUCGAGAUACCAGUUACUGCGACCAACCCGAGAUGCGUCUUUUUUGGAGCCUCAGACGCCAUUCACAGGAGGUGUGAGCUGACAGCACUUAUUAAAAGACUUGUGGAGCUCGAGGGACACCUUGUGUAA